AUGGCCAUCUAUAUUGCUCCUCUGAUUUUCCAGAGUCAAGACAUCACCAUCUCGGACUGGAUCACGGUUCUCACUCUAUGUUUGGCUCCUCUCAUUGCCCACGUUCUCAUCGGCGCGCCUUCGCCAACGUACCUCUCACUGAGUCGUCCACCAUGGCACGAGCGUGUCUGCCACUACAAUCCCACCUCAAUUCUCUGGCGAUACGCCAUGAUCACUGAUCGCAGAAUCCGGGCCAAGAACUGGGAUAGGAUCGAUCUGGCUGCUACGAAUGCUCUGUUUUGGACUGACGAAGGAUGGGAUGGGACCGAAGAGAUCAUCCAAUACAGUCGGCCGCGGUGUGUCCAGCUUCCUGAUGACGAUAGAGUGACAUUCCUAUCCCGAGACGCCUUCAAAACUCUCAUUAUCACUGUUCAAGGACUACAGGCCAUCAUCCUCCUAGUUGGGAACCAGAUUGAUCCUUCUGCGCCAGGCUUCACCGUGUUCAUGGGCGUCGACAUCAUCUUCUUCCCGGUCGCCCUUUUCGGUCUGCUUAGACUUUGCAGCUGUUUUUGGUUAACCGAUGAAUUCUCUUUCGCUUCUAUGGAAGAUGUGCCCUUGGGAACGCCCCAAAUGAUCGAGUGCAGCACCGCGUCAUUCGAACUCUUGACCACCAAUCCCUCACUAUCAGGCCCACAGAGAUACCACAAUCCCUCUUUCUGGGGCAGCAGGAUAUUUCGAGUUGCUUACGUUCUCGCUCAAUUUGCUCUGAUUGCUCUCGCCUUGUCCUUUGUUGUGACAAAUGGAGGACACUCAUACUUUUACACAUUUACAACUUUUGCCGUUAUACUAUUUUAUUUGUUUGUAGUCUGUGCGUCGGCACUGAUGACAAUCUGGUAUUUUGGCAUCAAAUCAUCACGGUCCACUGUCCUACCAUGUAUCUCUUCUGUCUGGUACAAGUUUUACACUGGAUUGGUUCUCGGAUGUGGAAUUGCACUCAUUGUCAUUGCAUGUAUUGAGACGCGCAAAACUCCUUGUGGAAAGUUUACAAGUGGUACAGGAUGGCAGGGAGAUGCCGUGACUUGCAUGGGUAGCUCUUUCGACAAGACUGAAAUGAGAGCGGUGGUGGAUGGCCCGUAUAAUGGAACGGCUUGGCAUGGAUUCAUGCAUGCGAAGAACUCUAGUUUCGUGCAGGCUGAGUAUGUAGACGAACACCACAACAGUUUUAACUUUACCAGAAUGUGCUUCAGUAGCAUGUAUGGGAUCUAA